AUGACGUCAUUAGCCGCUGCUCAAGUGCAGGAAGUGAGAUCCAUAACGCGAAUAGAGAGAAUCGGUGCUCACUCUCACAUUCGAGGCUUAGGGCUUGAUGAUGCACUGGAACCAAGAGCUGUGUCACAAGGAAUGGUUGGGCAGAAGAUGGCUAGGAAAGCUGCUGGUGUCAUUUUACAAAUGAUCCGUGAAGGUAAAAUAGCUGGCAGAGCUGUCCUGUUAGCUGGACAACCAGGCACAGGAAAGACAGCCAUCGCAAUGGGAUUGGCACAGGCUUUGGGGCCAGAUACUCCAUUCACCAGCAUGGCGGGUUCCGAAAUAUACUCUCUGGAGAUGAGCAAAACUGAAGCUUUGACUCAAGCUAUAAGGAAGUCCAUCGGAAUAAGGAUUAAGGAAGAGUCGGAGAUUAUAGAAGGAGAAGUAGUGGAGGUGGUUGUCGAGAGAGCAGCUGGUGGUGGGGGCGCGAGAACCGGUCGACUCACACUGAAAACUACAGAUAUGGAAACCAACUAUGAUAUGGGAACUAAGAUGAUUGACUCCUUACUCAAAGAAAAGGUCCAGGCUGGUGACGUCAUCACCAUAGAUAAAGCGACAGGGAAGAUCAACAAAUUGGGUAGAAGUUUUGCCAGAGCAAGGGACUAUGACGCAACAGGUCAGCAAGCUCGCUUCGUCCAAUGCCCCGAGGGUGAGCUGCAGAAACGCAAAGAAGUCGUACACACUGUGACCCUACACGAAGUAGAUGUUAUAAAUUCUAGGACACAUGGCUUCCUCGCUCUGUUCUCUGGUGACACUGGCGAAAUAAAAUCCGAGAUUCGGGAACAGAUUAAUAGCAAAGUGGCGGAAUGGAGGGAGGAGGGCAAAGCUGAGAUGAUACCCGGUGUCUUGUUUGUUGAUGAAGCCCACAUGCUGGAUAUCGAGUGCUUUUCGUUCCUCAAUCGCGCCCUUGAGUCCGAAAGCGCUCCGGUCGUUAUAAUGGCCACGAACCGGGGAAUUACCCGCAUCAGGGGCACCAACUACAAAAGCCCUCACGGAAUUCCUCUAGAUUUACUGGACAGAAUGAUCAUUGUCCCCACCGCGCCGUACUCUUCGCAGGAAUUGAAGGAGAUACUUAAUAUUAGGUGUGAAGAGGAAGACUGUCAGAUGUCAAACGAUGCGUUGACAGUACUGACGCGCGUCGCGACCGAGACGUCGCUGCGGUACGCGAUACAGCUGAUCACGACCGCGUCUUUAGUGGCCAAACGGAGGAAGGCUACCGAGGUGAGUAUGGAAGAUGUAAAGAAGGUAUACUCUCUUUUCCUUGACGAGCAUCGUUCAGAGCAGUUCUUGAAGGAAUACCAGGACGAGUUCAUGUUCAACGAUGGUGCUGGAGAUGGACCACAAUCUAUGGAGGUGUCGCAAUAA